AUGUCUUUGGCUGCCGCUCUCGAUCCGGAGCAGAACAUUUUGACUUCUUUAGGCUUCCAGAACUCCAGCGAAGACUUUCUUCAGUCGGUGCAGCGCAAACUGCAGGCUGCGGGCCUCCAGCCGCUGAGAGAGGUCUUGACAGGGAAGGAGUACGAUCCAGCAGCCAACGUGGGGAUAGCAGUAUGUGUCGUCGACGUCGGCCAGACAGUCUUCCAGUUGGGCCAAGGUUUGCUGGCAAUCAAUGCUGCAUCACUGAACUGCAUCACUGGUCCCAACGUGAGUGACGUUGACAAGCAGGCUUGCAGCGUCGCAGUUUCCUACGCGAUCGCCGGCAUUGUGUGGGCCGUCAGCUUUGCGACGGAUGCCAUCUCGCAGUGUGCAGGAACAUUGAACCUUCAAGCAGCCUGUGCCACUGACUUAUCAGUGAACCUCGGCGCCUGGGCGUUUCUUUCGUCCUCCAUCAGUGCUAUGGUGCUGAACUGCCCAGCAGGCGAAUGCAACUGCGAUGAGUUGUCGCACUGUCAUUCCUCUCGUAUUCACCCUGCAGAACCGAUGGACGUGCAGAAGCUUGCGCCGAACCCUGUCCUCGAGCGCGAAGCGAGCACGCUGGACAUCAUUGAGGAGAUCAAGCAAAAGCACAAGGAUGAGGACAUCAGGAACGCACUAAAAGCAACCUGCUUCUUUGACGUGGGUCAUGCCGCGUUUUGGGCAGCCCGUGUCGGCACGAGUAUCACCCAGGCGACCCUGGAUUGUACAGAGGAAAAUUUUGCCAGUGCAGGCGAAGCGGGGAAGGUGUCCUGCACGGUGGACGUGAGCGGCGUUAUUGGAGCUGCAGCCUUUCUUGGCAGCACCAUUGCCCUGACGGUAGCAGGCUGCCCUGCUGCGCUUGACAAGGACGUCAGCAACACACUCUGCGCUGGUGCCAUCAUUGACACCGUUGGCGUGACUGCGUAUUUGGCGCAAUCAUUCUCCAGCGUCGGAUCAACCUGUCACCAGCUUUCUCAGCAUGUCUGA